AUAUAGCAGAGCCUGUUUUCUUGGUGAAGGCAGUCUGCUGUGAGGCGCCAAGGUCCGGAACAAUGUCUACCUUUCUGCUGGUGGUCGGUGUCGUGGUAGGAGUUGGUUACAUUUACCAUCAUAUUUUUGUGAAGGGAAAGGCUUGCACGAGCAAAGCAAAGCUGCAUGGGAAAACUGUGAUUGUAACCGGCAGCAAUACGGGCAUCGGGAAGACCACGGCCAUAGAUCUGGCUAGAAGAGGAGCCAGAGUGAUUUUGGCCUGUCGCAGUAAGGAGAGAGGAGAGGCUGCUCUCGAGGAAGUCAAGAGAGAGAGCGGCAGCAAUCAGGUGGUGUUCAUGCAGCUUGAUCUGGGGAGUCUCAAGUCUGUUCGCAGGUUUGCCGAAACCUUCCUGAAAUCCGAAACCAGAUUAGACAUCCUCAUCAACAAUGCAGGUAUUUACUUGCAGGGUCGAACAGAGGACGGACUGGGAAUGAUGUUUGGCGUCAACCACAUCGGUCACUUCCUCUUGACCAACCUGCUGCUGGAGCGACUGAAGGCGUGCGGACCGAGCCGGGUGGUCACUGUGUCGUCUGUGUUCCACCACUUUGGAAAAAUUGAUUUUGACUGUCUGAACACCCACAAAGCUCUGGGAUUGGGGACCUCAACCACGGAUGUCACCCAGAUCUACUCUGAUAGCAAGUUGUGCAACGUCCUUUUCACCUACGAGCUUGCCAAGAGAUUGCAGGGGACUAAGGUCACUUGCUACACCCUCCAUCCAGGUGCUAUCAACACUGAGCUGGCCCGGUACUCAAACCCACUAAUGAAGCUAUUCCUGGUGCCAAUAACGGCUUAUUUCUUCAAGAACCCUGUCCAAGGAUGCCAGACCACCUUGCACUGUGCCCUCCAGGAGGGUAUAGAGCCUCUCAGCGGACGUUACUUCUCGAACUGCACUGUGAGAGAGGUCUACGCUAAAUCCAAAGACGAUGCAGCCGCAAAGAAGCUGUGGGAGCUCAGCGAGAGAAUAUGUGGCCUUGCCUAAAAAGCUUCACAUUUAAUUCAAGGCUUGAGAAUGAAAAGGUUAACUGACAGCAGCCAAGCCCAGUAAGGUAAAGGUCUCGCAAGCCCCUCCCUGCCCCGUGUCAAUACUACUAAAAAGCCCAGUCUGACUGGAUAGAUUAUCUUAGUUGCCAUGACUCAGUAGUUUUUAGAGAACUUAUUUUAUGAUCAUUGAUACUAUUAAUAUCUGACCACGUGGCAGCAUGUUAUGGUGUGAUACGACAUAAUAAAAAAAGAGAGUGAGUUAA